AUGGCCGCAAAAAGUGCUUCAAAAGAUAUAAAGUAAUUUUCUUUAUUUUUCUUUGUUUUGUCUAUGUAUUUCCAAGCUACUAAAAGAAUAUGUUUGUUCAGAUAUAUUUCAGUACAUAAUGCUUCAUAAUAUUUGAAUUAUUUGGUAUUUAGGCGGGCAAAAACACAUAAAGGCAGACGGUUUCUCGAAGCCAGAGAACCAAAGCUUGUUGAAAAUACCAAGACAACGAUGUUUAUUCGCGGUGGACGGACGAGUGAAAAAGUUACUCAGGCACUGAAAGAUUUGGUGAGUAAUUACCAGUCCUUAUACAAAGGUUUAAUAUGCGAGUAAGUUGAUAUUUGAUAUUUCUAACUUUAAUUGCAUGGCAGCACAAAAUGUUUCAAUAUUGAGCAAUAACCAUUGUGUUUUGUUUAGUGUAUGCUCAAAAAACCGCAUUCUGUAUUGUUUAGAAGGUGAGAAGAAUGUCAAGCAUGCUCUGUAGAGAUUUUGUAUAAUAUAAUACACCCUUUUGAUGACCAUAUCACAGAAUAGACUACACAGAAGCCUGACUUGGUUUUUCCUAUGAUUUUCCAAUGACCUUGGGCGUAACCGUAAUUCGUCAUCAAAAUGCUAACACCAUGGUCCUAGCCAGUGCACGUUUCAGAGGCAUUCACCCCCCUGAUGAUAUUCAAAAUGGCAGACGUCCUGGGGGGAAUGCCUCUCAAACACGCACUGGCUAGAACCAAGGCAUCAGUAUUUUGAUGAUGAAUCAUGGCGUGGCAGCGGUUACUCGAGUCUGCCUUCUGUGUGUCUUUAUUCUGUAACCAGGCCCACAUGCCAAAGACAGACUUGUGACAUCAUUAUCAUGAAUCACGACGAUAGCCUUUUGUCUUGAUAAUUUUUAUUUCAAUUCCAGGAAAAAUGUCUUGCGACCAUUUGAAGAUGAAACUUCUCUUGUAAGUCACAAGAAUUUCAGCAAAUGUAUGAGAAGGGUCUAUCCCUGCAUUUUUAUUAAACACAAUUUUUUAAUGGUGUUGGAAUAUACUAAAAUAUAUCAUAGUAAUAGUAUAAAAAUAAUAUUUUCCAGGAAUUUUUUUCAAAGAAAAAUGAUGCAUCAACAUUUGUAUUUGGCUCACAUUCCAAGAAAAGACCUCACAAUCUUGUAUUUGGUUAGUAGAACAUCAAUGGCUUUGGAGAAUUUUAAAGCUUUCAUUUUUGGUUUAAAUGUUUUUAUGUCAAAUUAUAAGGACGGUUUUUUGAUGGACAUAUCUUGGACAUGGUUGAGUUAGGCAUUGAAAAGUUUGCUUCAUUACAAGAAUUUAAGGUAUGUGAAAUUCUGUUGUGUUUAAUAAAAGAGCUCUCACAUAUUGUACCUUUAUCAGUGCAAUAAUAGAGUGACAUGUCACUGAUAUUGUUUUUGUCACUGAUACUGCUUUUUGUCCCAAAUAUUGUUGCACUGGGGCAAUGAUUAAUACUCUAACAAAUUCUGACUGUGAUAAAGGCACAAGUAUAUAAUAAACAGGUUAUCAUAAUCUGGAUGAGGCAACAUCAGUUUUAUCACCUUUAGUAUGAUAUCAUAAAUUUCCCUUAUGCACUGUGGUCACAAGUCUGGUCACUUGUGACAUUUAUGAUACCGUCCCUCAAGCGAUAAUUCUGAUAUUGCCCCGCCCCUCACAUGGUAACCUACUUACCUAUACAUAUGACAGUGACAUAAUUGUUUGUAUUGAAGACUGAGAAGUGUGCAGCAGGCACCAAACCUUGCCUGGUUUUUGUUGGUGAGGUAUUUGAUUCUGAUCCAGAAUAUGCCAGACUAAAGAAUCUUCUGAUAGGUUAGUUCUUGUUAACUGUAUAUGAAAAUUCAGAUAUCUGUUAUUACUCCUUUAAGGGUCUCCUAAUUAUGAGAGAUAAGAAAUUGAACAAAUAGGAUACUUUGGUAUGUUUAUAAAAUGGUUGUUUUUCUUAUUCUUGUCCAGACAUGUUUCGUGGUCCUAAUGCUGAAAACGUGAGAUUACAAGGUUUGGAACAUGUUAUACAGUUUACUGAGCUGGAUGGAAAAAUAUUCCUACGAAGUUAUAGGUGUGUAUACAAAAUCUAAACUAAUUACUUGCAAGUGAGAAGAAAAGAAUUUCAUUCAAAUUUGUGGUUUGAGUUUUAGAAUUCAAUUAAAGAAAUCAGGGACAAGAACGCCACGAGUUGAAUUGGAGGAAAUAGGACCAUCUCUUGAUCUUGUUAAAAGACGGGUUAAGUUGGCAUCUGAUGAUCUUUGGAAGAGAGCCGUUAAGAAACCCAAAACUCUUAAGGUCCGUGUCAAAGUUGUUCAGUUUAUAUUGGAUAAAAAAAUUGCGGUUGCCAUAGAGUAUUAUAAUAAAACAGAAUUGACACUCUGAACAUUGUACUGGGCAGCUCUAUCAGUUCUAAACUGUUCUUCCUAGACAUCUUUGUCUUGGCCUUUUGUUUUCUAAACGGCACUAAUGACGAUUUGGCCUAAUUAUUCAUCUAACCUACCAACCCUGAUAAGUUCUAAACUGUUCUCCCUAGACGUUCAGUAUCAGGGUCAUUGUCUAUUGUUCCAGUGGAGUCCUGCGGUGUUUGAUCGAGUCAAAGUGGAACCAAUUUUGCAAGCGCUUACAACCCUUCUCUCUUUUACUUUUAGCCAAAGAAGACGAAAAAUGUUUCCCACGAUUCAUUCGGUUCAAAACUGGCCAAUAUACACAUGCAACGGCAGGACUACAGCAAACUACAAACACGCAAGAUGAAAGGAUUGAAAAGAAAACCUGAUCAUCAGAAAGAUAACAGUCGCGCUAAGAAACAGAGGACAGCAAAGCGAAGAUGA